GUGCGCCACAGUUGGCUGUCACAAGUGUCACUUUACCUUUACUAUCGAUUUCUAUUUUUAUCCUUGACCAGGACAUAAUAUCCUAAAAUAUAUACCUCCUUUGAAACUAUUAAAGACAUGUAUUAUUUAUAAUUAAUAUUUUUGUUGUUUAAUUUUGUGGUGGUGAUAAAAUGGACGCUGGCGGAGCCUACGGGGGCGGUAAAGCUGGGGGUACAUUCGACCCUAUAGCUUUUGUUCAGAGGCCCCCAGUGAUAUUAAGAGCAGUCUGUUGGUUAUUCAGUAUCAUAGUAUUCGGUUGCAUAUCAUCUCAGGGAUGGAAAAUUGAUAAUACAACAAAGGAGGACGUCUGCUUGUACAAUAAUGACUCGAAUGCAUGCAACUAUGGAACUGGAAUAGCCGUCAUUGCAUUCCUUGCUUCCAUGGGCUUCCUGGUCGGAGAGUAUCUGUUUGAGCAGAUGUCCAGUGUCAAGACACGUAAGCAUUAUGUUCUUGGAGACUUGGGAUUCUCAGGUUUUUGGUCAUUCCUGUACUUUGUAGGAUUUUGUUACUUGGCCAACGCUUGGGGAAAAUCAGAGGCCCCAGAGAAUGGCUUUGGUGUUAAUAAUGUGCAGGCAGCUAUCGCUUUUUCAUUCUUUUCAAUCUUCACCUGGGCUGGUUGCGCCUUUUUUGCGUUUCGCCGGUUCCGCACAGGAGCCGAUUCAGCUUUUGCGCCCUCAUACGAAGCUGAACCCAUUGGGGGU